UAAUUUGUUUGCCUCGCAUUUAGUUAUUAUGCAUAUUAGGAGAGAUUAGAUAUAGGUAGAAAAGUUUAUAAAGAACCGGCUGCUCAAUAUGCGCACAAACCCAUUUUUCAAUACAAAAUCGAUAGAAAAUCCGGUGGCAGAGAGAAAAGACGACCGCAAUAUAUUUUCUCUCGCUUCUUAUUAAAGAAACCGCAAGAACAAAGUAGCCGACGUACUUCGUUUCUUUCUACCUGCCGGGGAUUUAAAGCCUAUGAGGUAGCCUGAAGGCCUACUCAGUGUCGUCUCGUACGGGAAGUGAGUUAAUCGUGUUAUAAGGCAUUUCAAAUCUGUUGUGUGUUUUUUAAGUAUAAUAGUGAAAUAGACUAUAGUUUUUUUAGUUAGACUAUCCGAUUUUUAUUGUAAAAGGUAAGUAAAAUUGGUUUAAAUUAUUCAAUUGUCUAAUAAUUUAAAAAAAUAAAUGAAAAUUAAUUACUGUUAAAAAUUAUAAUAUUUAAAAUAUACUUUGAUUUUAGGUGACAAAAUAAUAGGUAUUUAACUUGUAAGCUAUAUAUGUACAGCCUAGAGUGUGCACGUGUAUAUUAAUUUUUUUACUUUCUAAUUUUUUUUAGAUGUCACCUAAGAAAGUAGGUAAACAAGGACAAAUAAUUCACAGCCAAGGGAGGGAAAUUAUUUCUAACGUGGCAGCUUUUAUGAAAAAAGAAGCAGAGCAAGGAAUUACUAUUCCUUUGAAAAAUAUUAGACAACGUACGUUAGCUGCCACUCGAGUAUCCCAGUCAACUUACAGAAGAGUGGUCCAAGAGUCAGAAGAUAUAGAAAAUAUACCUUCCUGUUCCUUUACCAGUCCAAGGAAAAAAAGGCUAAGAAAAUCUCAGAAGAUUGGUAACAUUACUUCGACCCAAAUUAAAGAUAUAAAACAAAUAGUGUAUGAUUUCUACAUAGUUGAAAAAAGAAGACCUACUCUAAAAUUAAUACUUCAAAAGCUUCUUGAUCGGGCUAUUAUUCAAGAGCCUAUAAGUACACCAACCUUAUCAAAAUUGCUGAAAAAAAUUGGAUUUAGAUGGACCAAAACGGAAGAUAACAGAAAAGCUCUUAUGGAAUCUUACGACAUACGAUUGAAAAGGAUAAAAUAUUUAAAGCAAAUUUUUAAAUAUAAAGAGGAAGGCCGUAAUAUUGUAUAUACUGAUGAAAGUUACAUACAUAGCAGUCAUACAAAGGACAAAGGGUGGUUUGAUGAAAGUCGACAUGGUAUUAGAAAACUCAUUUCCAAAGGACAGAGACUGAUAAUUCUUCAUGCUGGAGGAAGAAAUGGUUUCGUAAAUAAUGGGUUACUGAUUUUUCGCUCAGGGUCAAAAAGCGGAGACUAUCAUGAUGACAUGAACCAUCACAACUUCAUGAAAUGGGCCGAAAAUCAGUUAAUUCCAAAUUUACUACCUAAUUCCGUCCUAGUAUUAGACAAUGCAGCUUAUCACAAUGUGCCUGUAGUCAAGAAUAUUACAUCUGGAAGUAAAAAGCAGGAAAUAGUUGACUGGCUCAAGGAACGUAAUUUUACAUUUGAUGAAAAACUCACCAAGACAGAGUUAUAUGAAAUAGUGUCUGAAAAUAAAAAAAAACUAUCCUGUAAAAACCAAGUUGGACGACCUAAUGGAAAAGCAUGGACACAUUGUGUUACGUUUGCCUCCAUACCACCCAGAGCUUAAUCCGAUAGAAAAAAUGUGGGCAACUGUUAAGAAUUGGGUGGCAAGCAGAAAUACCACUUUUAAAUUGACGGAUGUCGAAUCUUUGACAAGGCAGAAAUUUGCGGAAAUUUCGAGUGAUGAGUGGAUAAAUGUUUGCAACCAUAUAGAUAACAUAGAAAAACAAUAUUUCGAAAGUCAUCACCUUUUUGAUGAAGCAUUGGAUUCAUUAAAAUUUACAGUAAAUACAGGCUCAUCUGAUGAAGAGAUCGAAUGGUCUUCAUCGGAUGAAUCUUAUUUAGGUUGUAAUACACUAUCUGAUAGUGACUAAAAAUAUUUAAUAUGUAAAAUAAUGAAAUAAAACUUUAAGCUUA